ACAAAACGUUAUGAUCUUCUGAGAUGUAAUAUACCUCCGUUAAUUUGAGCGUACGCAGAUCCGUCCCACAACAUUUAUUCCGGAAGUCAGAAACAGCGCGAAAAGUUUGUUUUGAAACACAAGAGUAUUUCAGAGGAGUCUGGCAGAAUGAAGAAGAAUCUGGAAAAUGUUUACGAGGCUCAAAUCAAAGCACUCCAACAAGAGAUUGCAGCACUGCAAGGCCAACAGGACACGAAUGAACGAGAGAUCGCUAUGAACCUCGCAGGAGGACGCAUGCAAGAUGCUCUGUUGAUCAUGACAGGACAUCAGGAGAAGGAGAUGGGGAAAAGUCAGAGAGACGUCACAGCUCACCUGAAGACUGAGAUAAUGGAGAUGGAGGAAGAUCUCAUCAGACAGACCAAGAUAAACGGAAUCGUUCUUGUCAACUGCUGUGUGAAGACUGUGGAGAAAGGCAACAAGAAGAUGGUGCAACAACACAGGCUGACGGGCCACUGCUCCUUCUUAGACUUCCAAGUGGAGUUUGAGCUCACUGAUGUUCAGGAGGAUACUACCCUGGUGAGGACGAUCACUGACCUCAACAUCGUCAUGGACAGCACUGAGUUUAAGGACUUCAGUAAUUUUGUGUCUGGAGUGGAGGACAAGAGAGACCUGCUGCUGUUUUUCAGAACCCUCAGAAGGUUCUCUGACAGAUGUGAAGACAGACGUAGAACAUUCCAGCACUUCCAGGAGAAGUAUCCAUGUGUGGUCAGUCUACCCGGAGGCUGCAGGGCAGAGGUCAUGCAGAUCAAGUCACCUAAACUAGCCGGGUGUGCUCUGAUGAUCUACUGGAGCAUUGAGGUGACCAAUGAGGGGGAUAUCACACCCAAGAUAGACCUCCUUACCAAGAUGCCUGAGCAGGUGCUCGAGAUGGACAGCAGGAAGGUGAUCGAGAAGGCCCCCGACUCCUUCCAGAGUCUUCUGAGGAUCCUUGGAGCAGAGGCUUCUAUUGACACUGUAAUACAGUCCGUGGCUGUUUAACAAGUUCCUUUCAAUUGCCCUCUAACUUUAAGGAAUAUUUCCCUCAAAACUAAAAAUAAAUAAAAUGUUUUUAAUUGUCUGAAGACUUGGUCAAGAAACCCCCAGAACCCACAUUCUCUGUCAUCAGUUUAUUAAAUAUAAACAAUUCUUUACUCUCAAACAUUUAUAAAUAUAUGUUAAUGCCAUCUGUAUGUAUACAUGUCAAUAUAGCAUUAGUUGAAGAUCUAGAAAAAUAAAAAGAUUUUAAAUAUAAAA